AUGGACUCUGAGGGCCGGUUGGAAGAGGCUUUCUCGAAGAAGAACCAGAUGGAGACCGACUGGGACCGCCUCUGUGAAAUGACAAAAGAGAAGCACCGAGUGGUGACAUUUCUGACAGGACGGAGCUCUGCGAUUGUGGAUUUGUACAGCAAGAUGGGUGAUGUUGUUGUUGUCCCACAAAACUCAUCCGCCGUGAUCACCGCCGCCAUGAUGGCGGUCCUGCUCCAGCUGAUCGGCCAGCCAACCGAGCACGAAGUCGCCUUCCACCGCAAGAACCACCAAACUUCAUUCAUCGAAAAGAGCCAAGAGACGGAGGUGGAGGUUCCCAUCAAGCUGGAGGACAUCAUGAAAACCGCCGACCCUCCCACGUGA